UUGUCACUUUUAAGGACUUUUGUCAAAUCGAUAAACAACCAGACAACAAAAGUUAGAAAGCAUAUAUUAUUCAUGUUUUUUCUUCAUAUUCUAUUUUGAAUUCAAAUAUCGACCAACAAAGCAUAAAACUUCAUCGAUAUGUCUACCAAUGCUGAGUCUUCGGAGUCUCAUAAGAGUAAAAAACCAGCAGAUAGUGCAUUCAAGCAGCAAAAAUUACCUGCUUGGCAACCUAUUCUUACUGCUGGAACAGUUCUUCCCACAUUUUUUGUCAUUGGUAUCGCAUUCAUUCCAGUUGGAAUUGGACUACUUUACUUUUCUGAUAAAGUUAAGGAGCAGGUUAUUGACUACACUUUUUGUAAUGAAACAUUAAAAAAUGGCCAUUUGACAGGGAAAAUGUGUGCUGAUGUUAUCAAACAGAAUUCAUCUGAUUCGUGCACAUGCAAUAUUGUUUUUGAUUUAGAAACUAAUUUUGAGGGAAAAGUUUAUAUGUACUAUGGAUUGAGUAAUUACUAUCAAAACCAUAGGAGAUACGUUAAAUCAAGAGAUGAUAAUCAGCUCUUGGGAAGAUUGGAAAACCCAGUCUCCACCGAUUGUAUGCCUUUCCAUAAGGACAAUGGAGUACCUAUAGCACCAUGUGGUGCAAUAGCUAAUUCUAUGUUCAGUGAUAAAUUUACUUUAUAUCGAUAUAAUGGAAAAAGUAAUAGAGAAGAAAUACAGCUAUUGAAGAAUGGCAUUGCAUGGGACUCUGACAAACAUAUCAAAUUCAAAAAUCCUCCAGGAAAUUUGGAGGAGGCUUUUAAAGGUUAUGCUAAGCCAAAAGCUUGGAAACAACCCGUAUAUAAACUAGAUAGUGAUCCAAAUAAUAAUGGAUUUCAAAAUGAAGAUUUUAUUGUUUGGAUGAGAACUGCAGCACUUCCAACAUUUAGAAAAUUGUAUAGAAGAGUGAAUCAUAGUCAACCGGGACUGGCAAAUGGAUUAAUCAAAGGAAAAUAUGAAUUAGAGGUAGACUACUCAUAUGAUGUCUCUGAAUUUGAUGGUACAAAACGUAUGAUAUUAAGUACUACUUCACUACUUGGAGGAAAGAAUCCAUUCCUAGGAAUUGCUUACAUAGCAAUAGGAUGUAUUUGCCUACUAUUGGGAAUCAUUUUGCUUAUAGUUCAUAUCAAAUGUGGCAAAAGCACAAGUGAGAUGAUAAACGUGAACCCAAGGACACCUUAUUGAUAAGAGCAAGAUUAUAUAUUUUGGUUAAAUCUUCCGUUAUGUUAAGCUGAAAUUAUAUAUAAGUCGUUGUCUGUUACUCAUCAGUGCAAUUGGAUUAUGCGAAAUCGCAUCAGUAGAAGGCACCAAAUCGGUUAUGUCUCAGUUGUUGUUUUGUAAGACUUUGAUUGAAAUUUUUGAGAGCACCAAAGAAACAGUAAUUUCCUCCCCUUUAUGACAUGAUUAUUCUAUGUUCAAUUCAUAUCAGCAUUUCUAGAAGAAAUGAUUAUUUUAGUUAUGUCAUAUUAGUGUGAUUUCAAUUUUUAUAAUGUUGUGAUAUUUUUAUUGACCUCCUAAAGAAAUUGUUUGGUUUUAGACAAAUAAACCAAAAAACUAUUCCUGAUGUUAGGAUUUCUAUUAAUUAAUUUUAUUCCACCAUAGAAUUGUUUGAUCUUACAGUUUUAAAAUGUUUAUACUCACAUACAACAAAAUUUUGAAUGAAGUUUUCCUAUUUAAUUUUGAAAAAACUAUCAAUUUAUGUCAGUUAUUUUUUUAAACAAUUAUAAAUAUGAAGUGCCUUGAAAUAAUUAUUGUUUUCCCAAUUUGCUUUGCUACCUAAGAAAUUAUGUAUUAUUGGUCUUUGAUAAAUGUUAAUUUCUUUACAAGUCCAGAAUCAAUAUUGUGUAUAGCAGCAAUGUUAAAUAAUAUCUGAAGAUGGUGUAUAUUAGGUAUAUUAACUUAGAAAUAUAAUAAAAUAUACAAAAACUUUA